UUAUCAUUGUGUCUUUUCUUAGUUUAUUCUUCAGAAAAUGAAAAAAACCCCUUUAUUUUCCCCUGACGUGUUAUACACCGCGGUAUAUUGUGUAACCGAAUAUCACCACGUGCCUAUCCGUCACACACACAUACACACACACACACUAACGAGAUGUUAUUGGAUCACCUUGAAUUCCCCUUUUCUCUUUUAGUCUCCUCUCUCUCUCUUUCUCUCUCUCUCGUUUCCUCUUUCUUUCUGUCCACCUUUCCUCUCCUCUCCUCCUCUCCCUCCCUUUCUCCUUCUCUCUCUUUAGGAUGAACAGAUGAAGCCCAUCAUGAGUCUCUCGCUCCCUAAAAGCGACUCCACCGCUUCUCUGCUCAGAUCUUCCGCAGCAGACCGGAGAUCGCGAGCCCCGGACGAGCCGCUCUGGAGCCCCGAUAGCGACGCGAGCUCGCGCCGUCCGCUCUGUCACCCGGCGCUGCUGCUGCCGUCGCCGCCGGACCGGAAGCGCGCGGCGGCAAAGAGCCAACCCAAACUGCGCGAAGAUGCACCGGAGCGGACGGGCGCGAGCAGCGGCGGAGGUAACGGCGGCGGCGGUGGUGGUGGAAAAGAACGCAAGACAUCCAGACACGCGCACCGACACCACCACCAUCAUCACCAUCAUCAUAACAAUCACCACCACCACCACCAUCAUCAUCACCAUCACCGGUCUGCUCGGGACGACCUGCCUCACGAGCCACGCACGAAACACACUCAUGGAGCUCGCGUGCCCAACCGGACUCGGUCUUUUUCCGAGGGCUCGGAAGAGACGGCCUCCACUUCCUCUUCCACCUCGCUUCUGUUCUUCCAGUCCCCCCGGACAAACCGGCGGACAUCCGGAGCCGGGGGACAAGCGCGCGACCCCGACAUGGGCAGCUCGUGCUCACCGGUGCCCGCUGCUUCCACGAGCGCAACAUCUUCCGAGUCAGAUUUCAAACUGCGGCCUAUUCUCAACUCCGUGUUCGGACAGGACCGAGAGCUGAGACCUGAGGAGAUAGAGGAACUUCGUGAAGCCUUUAAAGAGUUUGAUAAAGAUAAGGAUGGCUUCAUCAGCUGUAAAGACCUGGGGAACUGUAUGAGGACGAUGGGCUACAUGCCCACUGAAAUGGAACUGAUCGAACUGAGCCAACAGAUCAACAUGAACUUGGGAGGUCAUGUGGACUUUGAUGACUUUGUGGGACUGAUGGGACCAAAGCUUUUGGCAGAAACAGCAAAUAUGAUUGGAGUGAAGGAGCUCAGAAAUGCCUUCAGGGAGUUUGACACGAACGGUGAUGGAGAGAUCAGCACAAGUGAGCUGAGGGAGGCCAUGAGGAAACUGUUAGGUCACCAGGUGGGCCACCGAGACCUGGAGGACAUUCUGAAAGAUAUAGACCUGAAUGGUGAUGGACGCGUGGACUUUGAGGAGUUUGUGCGCAUGAUGUCCCGAUGAAGGAGCCAAAACUUUUGCACAUCGCACACUAAAUCGUAACCCCUUACUUCCCACUAGCCGGAGGAGACGAGACGAGGAUCGUUAAAAGGUUUAUCAUGUGCACGACUGAUGGAUUAUGCAUUCAUUCCGAUCGUCCAGUCAGCGGUCAUCUUACAGGAAACUGCACCUGAAAACGUUUUAACACGAGAAUCACGACACUGCUGUACAGAAAAGCUUUAAUGAGCCUGAAUGAAAAAAAAAAAGAAAAACUGGAAGAAAGCACACACACACACACACACUUAUACACACACACA